AUGUCUGCUCUUGAGCAGUUUAUCAACGACCAGAAAAAGAAAGGAACUGGAAUAAGCGGCUCAGCUUCAUUCUCUUCUCUGGAUUCCUUACGAAGCAAGCUUCCCACUUCUAUAGGAGGGUUCUCUUUACUUUCUCGGAGUGAAACCACCGACAGUCAACAACUAUUGGUUGGCGAUGAUUCAGGAGAUGGACAACUUCCUACUUCACGAAAUCGAAAAAAUUCUGGAUGGUUCACUUCAUCAACUCAAGAUGAGAGUAUGUUUGGAAUGACUAGAACUCAACGAGUCAUUGCAUUCUUCAUGUGCAUUAUCGGAGCAAUUUUCUGUUUUUCCACCGCAGCCGUUCUGAUUCCAGUUAUAUUGGUGUCCACGAGGAAGUUUGCAGCUCUCAACACUCUAGGAUCUGUGCUUAUGUUGUUGAGUUUUGCAUUCCUGCUCGGACCGAAAUCCUACUUGACACAUAUGGCAUCUCCACAACGUCGACUAGUUACAGUAUCCUAUGUAUCAGCUCUGUUCGCUACACUCUACUCAUCCCUUUGGGUAAGUAUAUAA